AUGGUCAUCCUCCAACAAGCCUGUGAAUAUAAUUUCUUUGUGGAAAAGAAUCCCUUCAAGGAGCACAGGUUUCAAGUUAAGAUCAAUUGGAACAAACUUCCGACAAAUACAAUCAAACUCAAUAUUAACGGAGCCUUCUUCAAAGCUACCCUGGAAGCUGGACUGGGUGGAGUUUUCAGGAAUAAAGAUGGUGACUGGAUUUUUAGGUACUGCAGAUCAGCUUAUGCAUCCUCAGUCAUGCAUUGUGAGCUAAUGGCUCUACAUGAAGGACUAAAUAUUGCUAAACAUCUUGAUCUUUGUAAUAUCGAAAUUGAGAUUGACUCAACGGAUUCUAUAUUGAUGCUUAAUGAAAAUAACCCUAACCUGUCAAAUCUAAUUUUGGAAUGCAGGUUGUUAAUGUACCAGUUGAAGCACCCAAUCCUGAGGCAUAACUUCAGGGAAGGAAAUGAAAUAGCCCACCUCUUAGCAAAGGAAGCACUGAAGAAUUUCAAAAUUUCUAGAUGUGUUCAUCAUGCCCGUCCACCUUGUUUUGUUGAACACCAAUUGCUAAAGGAAAAGCAUGGUUUCAGUUUUAAGUUAAAGUAUGUUAGUACUAGUGUUUGUGAAAAACUAGCCAAGUUUGAAAAUGAAAAUAUCCUACGGGACUAUGCAAGAACUGUGUAA